ACGUCCCUGUGAGCGCAGAGAAGAGCAGAGGACGGCGUCUGAACGACAAGCGACUCUUUGGGAGGAGAUAGUGGUUAUUUUUUCUCUCCGCUCAAACAACAGCAACAACUAAUAUCACGAUUUAUCCGGAGAGUCGUCAAACUACAGCGAUCGAAACGUGGGGGGGAACGAGGGAUUUAAUCCGCAAGUUUUUUUUCUUUUCCAUUUUUUUCUUUUCAUAAACCCGGAUUGUGUGUUGGCUUGUUUGCAUUCGCGUCGCAAAGAUGAUGGUCGGGGAGAUCGAAGUGAAGGAGAGACCGAGGCCGAGUCCCGACUAUUUGAUGCAGUUACUGAACGAGAAGAAGCUGAUGACGAGUUUGCCCAACCUGUGCGGCAUCUUUACACACCUCGAGCGGCUUCUCGAUGAAGAGAUCAACAGAGUGCGUAAGGACAUGUACAACGACACGGUGAACGGCAUGACAGACAAGCACCCCCUGGAGCUGCCCGACCCCCUGGGCCCCAUCGUACACCUGCAGGAGAAGCUCUUUGUGCCCGUCAAGGAGUACCCCGAUUAUAACUUCGUGGGCCGGAUCCUUGGUCCCCGCGGCCUGACGGCCAAACAGCUGGAGGCUGAGACGGGCUGCAAGAUCAUGGUGCGGGGCAAGAGCUCCAUGAGGGACAAGAAGAAGGAGGAACAGAACAGGGGUAAGCCCAACUGGGAGCACCUGAAUGAGGACCUGCAUGUGCUGAUCACGGUGGAGGACACGCAGGCGCGCGCUGAGAUCAAGAUGAGGAGAGCAGUGGAGGAGGUCAAGAAGCUACUGGUGCCCGCGGCGGAAGGCGAGGACAACCUGAAGAAGAUGCAGCUGAUGGAACUGGCCAUCCUCAAUGGCACAUACAGAGACACCAACAUCAAGACACCGCCCCCUCUUGCGUUCUCUCUUGCAGCGGCGGCAGCAGCGGCUCAGGGCCCCCGCCUGAUCGCGGCCCCCAGCGGCCAGGUGCUGCCGCCCCAGGCCCUGCGGCCCCCCCCAUCCCCGGCCGGCGCGCCCCACCCGCCCAUCAUGAACAUCAUCCGGCCCACGCAGAUGGCGGCCAUGCUGCCCAACGGCACGCCCGCCCUGGUGCCGCCCAGCCCGGAGUCGGCGGGCAUCAUCUACACCACCAGCCCUUACGACUACCCGUACACGCUGGCGCCCACCUCGCUACUGGAGUACCCCAUGGAGCCCAGCGGCAUGCUAGGUAAGCGGCCGUGGGGGCUGGGCGUUGGCAUGGGUAUGGGUGCGGCGGCGGGCAUGAGCGCGGCGGGCAUGGGCGGGGCCUUCCCCUCCGUGUCGCCACAGCAACAGCAGCAGGACGCGGCGACGGCCGGCCUCCUGUACGCCGCAGCGGCCGGAGGGGCGGGGCUGCUGGACGCACACACACACGCACACGCCCACGCGCACGCCCACGCCGCCCAGGUCGGGGCCCAGCAAGAGGCCCUCAAAGGUGCAAUGGCCUCUAAAGUGAGACGACAUGACCAGCGAGUCCAUCCUUACCAAAGGAUUGUGACCGCUGACAGAGGGCCAUGGUGUUGGUCCUAACUUUGUCAUCAGGUCCUAAUAUGCCGCCACCGGCAACUAACACAUGACCUCUGACCUCUGAACUCUUCACCCAAUGACGAGCCGCCCUGCCCCAAGCCCCGCCCCAAGCCUGCCUGCUGAUGCGUUAACUGGUAAAUGCCUUUGUUGCUAGCCUCUCGGAUGCUGGGAGGGGAAAGGCCUGGCCUGCCCAUGAAGUUACCCUAACAUGGUUUCUGUUUCUGUUUUUACUUUCACAUUUUUUAUUUCAUUUUUUUUAAUAUACAAUGAAACACAUUAUUACAACAUUACUCACUCACAACUUUCAACAAAAAACACAUAACUGCAAACGAAUCAAACGAACAUACGACACUACACAACCCAGCUCUCUAAUGGUUGUGUCAUUUGAUUUUGUUGGACUUUUCUGGUCUUUUCUUGUUUGGUUGUUUUUUUUAAUCACUUUUUUAUUUUUCCCGUUCCAAUGCGGGGUUCUUUCUUUUUCUUUUGGAGAUUGUUGACCAUUGGGUGGACGCAUGCUCAGUCCCCCCAAAAAAUCUGCACUGAAUUUAAAAAGCAAUAAGUAAAGCAGCCCGUCCCCCAUUGGGUCAUAUAUAUGGGACAGUUCGAUUAAUCACACCCCCACAAAAAAACUGUUACAUCUUUGCUCUCUGAUUGGUGUACUCACCCACCACCUAAUUGGUUAAACAAACUGGGGGAGGGGUUAUAAUAAACUGAUUUCAAUGUGAAAUACAUAGAACUUACUCCCCUCCACACACAUACCAUAGCUCAAAUCAUGAAAGAAAAAGAAGGAAAGAACUCAACUCACGCCAAAUCUGUUUUCUUUUCUCUUUUUUUUUUCACUCGUCCUGUAAUUUUAAAAUUCUACUCAGUGUUGUUUCUAUCCCCUCCUGACGAUAGUAAGGAUGUGUGCAGACACAUUCUGGGUGUGCCUAUGAACAGUCUUUUUAUGUCUUUCGUUUUUGUUUUCUUUUUGCUCUGAUCUCUGAAAGCAUGGCUAUAUUGAUGGACUGCAAAAAAAAAAUGCUUCUCACGUGUUUUCUGUUACAUUUUUUGUUUUACUUAAUUCCGUAUUUUAUUUCCUUCCAUGUCAUUUGCUCAUGGUGUUACAUGUUUUGCUUUUUUUUUUUGUGUGUGUGUGUGUGAGCAUUUUGUAUUUGUUACCUCCCCCCCGUUCCUACUGACUAAUGACAGGCAGGCAGUGCAGGAGGGAGGGGCAGGAAGAGGAAGUAUGAAGUGGGUGGGGGAGGGGUUUGUAUGGAGGGGGAGAAGCCAGUGUUGAGAUUUGCAUACAGCCAUUUUUAAAGCAAGCGUGUGAGUGAGCGAGCGAGCGAGCGAGGCAGGAGGUUUUUUAUUGACCCGUGCAUGACACAGUAGAUACUGUAGCCUAUAGCUCCUCCUCCUAACAUCAGACCCAGACUCAGUGCCUGAUUUAACUACAUUAUUUUGUUUUUUAUUGUUAUUAUUUGAAAGAAAAAAAUAUAGAAAAAAAAAAAAACAUCCGCGAGCCUAACUAGCUAAAAGGAGGAACAAAAGUAUUGUGUGCAUAUAUAGCCAAAGGGUUUCCAGUUGAUAAAUGUAAUACAUAAAUACUUAUACAUAUAUAUAUAUAAAAUAUAUAUUACUUAGAUGUUCAUCUAAUCCCAAGGGGUGUAGAGAUUGGUUUGACGGGAGGUCGUACUCGUGCCACUUCUUGACAGUCAGUCCCAUACUAAAUGAAGGUGAGUUUAGGUUAUGAAACACUAAGCAGGACUGCUGGUCUGCCAGUCGAGGCCUGGGUGGGGGUGGGGGUGGGGGUGGGGAGAGGUUUUGGGAGGGAGGGAGCGCCCGACAAGUGAAGUUUUGUACAUAAACUUUUUAGAUUUUAUCCGCUUCCCCAAUCCCCUUCUCUCUCACCCACCCCCCUACCUCUCCCACCUCAUUUCUCUUCAUCUUUUUUUCUGCUCAUCCCAUGUUGUGUCUGUCCCAGCCCCCUUGCCAUACUCUUGUUUGCCAAAUGAUCACAAAGUGAGUUUCUCAUAAUUUUGUUGCCUCAUCAUGCAGCAACAACAAAAAAGAAAGAAAGAAAAACUCAGAACUCAGUUUGUGGAGGAGAAGCCUCAUUGGUUUCCUCAAGAUGUUUCCAAGUAUUUCCCCACUCUCCCAUCUCUCGCUACCCCUACCGCCCCCACCCUCCCAUCUCUCUCUACCCCUACCGCGCCCACCCACUACUACUCUCUUUUUCUCACUGUGGAGGAAUACACUAGCCCCACCACCCCCCACCCCACCCCAUCCAUCCCAGCAUGCAUCACCCCAUGUGUCCCGAGGGAGCCCAUCCAUAAUGUGUCUGCCACAGCCCCCACACGCUGGUACAGAAGCUACUGAGCCCACCCACCCAUCUUACUUUCAACUCAAGAACAAAAAUAUAUAUAUAGGAUGCGAAAGCCAUGCCUGCCUGUUCCGAUUGCUUUAUACAUACCUGUUCUAUAAGUAUAAAUAUAUACAAAUGUAGAUAUGUCAUUACUUAUGAAAAAUACAGAGAAGAAGACAAACAUUAGAUACUUUUACAGGGUGCUGGAGAAGAAAAAAUAUAUUUUUGGCAAUUUUAGCUUUUUAUACUUAACUUGCAGUUACACUAAAAAAAAAUCUAUAUUAAAAAAAAAAGAAAGAAAAAAAUCUAGUAUUUGGAAUGAUGGGGGUGGAAGAUGCUUUGUAUCUCUGGAUAAGUUUUGGCUAAGUAAAUAAACGACCAAAAUAGUCAAAUCUGGGAAUGUUCUGUGAAUCAGAUUUUGGGAGGGGAUGAGGAGAAGAGGAAGAAAUGAGAGGAGGGAAAGAGAGAGGGAUGUAUGCCGAGGACGAAACUCGAGAGACAAAGUGCCUUACUAAGGAUGGUUUUUCCUUUUUUUCUCCCCCCAAGUGUUACUGUUCUGUUGGGUAAUUUCCAGCACCAACUAGGAAAGGCUCAGAGAGAGAAACGUGUGUGUGUGUGUGUGUGUGUGUGUGUGUGUGUGUGUGUGUGUGUGUGUGUGUGUGUGUGUGUGUGUGUGUGUGUGUGUGUGUGUGUGUGUGUCAGUGUGAAAGUGUGUGUGUGUGUGUGUGUCAGCCCUGACCGUCUACGAGUUUUAUUCUAUGCAAACAGAUGAGCUGUCAUUUGACCAGCUGACUAUGUGCCAUGGUUUGUCUUCCCAAGUUUGAGCUGUUUUUCUCUCUUCCCUUCUGUUACUUUUUGAAUCCCUCUUUCAGCCAUUUGAACAAUAUGUAGGGAGAUGUGAUGUGUUGGUUUUUUAUUGUUUUGAUUUUUUUUCCAUUUGGAUUUAGAUGACGAAGCCUCGUUGUCUGUAUAUCUGCUUACUGUGACUAUGUCGAGAUCAAACUGCCAAUAGCAUUGCAGAAGGCUGCCAGGUGGAGGUUUCAAUAAAAGUGGGGUGGGAUAGUGUGGGUGGGUUAGGAGAAAAUCAGUCAUCUUUAGGAGAUGGGUUGAGGAUCUUGGCAGUUAUGGGUAAAAGACUGGAUAAACCUGGUUGUUUCAAACACUGAGGACAUGAAUCUUUAUUCUUUUUAAACAACAAAAAAAUCAAACGCUUUUGCUUACGCUAGCAUGCUAGCUAGUAGUAAUUAUGAUUUUACUCUAGGUCUGUUACACAUGCGCUAACAUGAGUUCUCCUCACCCACGGUCAAUGCUAAUCCUACUCAAGAUAUUUAGCCCAUUGAUUAGUAAGAAUGAAUUCUAUAUGAUGUCAAUAUGGUGAUAUAGCAGAUUUUUACAUCCAUGUUUUAAGCCCAUUUUUAUAUAUAUAAAAAAAAAGCAGUGCCAAAUUUUGUCAGAGCAAGUGUGCCCUCCCCCGUUUUUUCCCCCCUUUAUAAUGCCACUAUUGUAGCUAAAGGAAUCAAACUCCCUCACGGCCCUUGGCGCUUCUCAGUAGCUGGAACAACCAGGGGAUUUAUGGGUAGACGGGGGAGACUAGAACUGAACCCUGUGCUCACCCCUGGCAGCCGCUUCUGUGCUGGCUUUGCUUCUUCUCUUUCUUUCUUUCUUUCUCUCUCUCUCUCUCUCUCUCUUCUUUCUCUGUCUCUCUCUAUCCCCUGAUCAUUCGAUCUUUUUACAUGCUGUUACACACACAAAGGUCAAUGCAUCUGUUGCUCAGUGUUAGGUGUUCUAUUGAGAAAAAAAGAAUAUUAAAAAUUAUGAAUAUAAAAUAUAUAUAUAUGAAAACAAAGAAAUGCAAUACGAGAAAGGAGUUUGAGAAGACAACUCAGAUCAUGACAGUAUUACAAGAUUUUUUUUUCCCCUCUGCAAUGUUCUAACAUGCUGUGUCCUUGUACAAGGUUGGGUUAGUCCAUGAAAAUGUGUAGAGAACUUCAGUAAUCCUCUCGGCCUGCCUAUUACAUGUAUGAUAAUGUAAUUUACAACCAUUGUUACAGGUUUCUAAUGUAUUUUUCUAACUUCAUUUUAUAUGUAUAUUAUAAAUCAUUUUUUUCGGACUCCUCUUUUUUUGGAUGAAGCCCACUACAACUUGUUUUUUAAAAAAUGCCCCCCCACCUGUCCCCUUUUCCCCUGUCCCUUCUUCCUCUGUCCCCCAAAUCCCCCCUUCCUCUCCUCUCCUCUCCUCUCCUCCUCCUCCUCCUCCUAUAUUCUCCCCAUCUCUUGAAUCUGACUCUCUCUGGGAGUGUUGCCUUUCCUAGAGUAACUUUGUUUUGUUUGGUUUGUUUUUUCUUGCCAAUUCCUAGCUUGUUUAACUCAUUAGCUACUUGAUUAGUUUUCCUUGUCAUAAGUAUUUUUACAUGCUUGCAUUUAGUUUUCAUGGUGUAUGCAUUAUUUUUUUCUUAUUAACCCCUUGGCAUUUAUUUUAAUAAAACAUUCUUAGUAAGAAUUUUACUAACUUUUGCUGAAAUGUUUAUUUUUUUGUCUUGUGUUUUUUAACCAGUGUAUUGAAUGUACUACCUUGGUCUGGUUCACGGACUAACACAAUUAAAACUGACCACCACCUUCACAAAUUACGUCACUAAAUGCAGUUCUCUAACAAACACGCACAUCAAAAAAAAACAUAACACUCAUUCACAUACCCGCACACACACACAUACACACUAACACCCAUACACUCAUAAUGCAAUGCAUAACAUAUAAAUGUAAAUCAUGAUUGAAAAAAAAAAAAACUCAACACAGUCUCACUGGAACAGAACUCACGCUCCCCGUCACGCACGCGCACACUCACACACACACACACACACACACUCGCACUCUCCUGUGUUGCUAGUUCCACUCCUCAGUCUGAGGUUCCGGCACUGCUGUCAUGUCUGUCUUGCUGCGCAUCACACACCUCCGCGCGGUGCUCCUGGUGAGUGUUUGUGUGCGUGCGUGUGGCGUGCGUGCGUGCGUGUGUGUGUGUGUGUGUGCGUAAACGUGUAUGUGCGCGUGCGUAUGUGUGUUUCAAGGGAGGGAUUGGGGGCGUUCCGUUGUGCUAUCAGAGAAUCUGAGUGCUACUUCUUCUUAAAAAUAAAUAAAUAAAAAAAACGUUAAAAAACAAAAGAAAAGAAAAGACAAGGAGAGGUGGGGGUCUCUGUUGGCUUUUAUCUGCCUAGGUGGGGGUGGGGGGCGGGCGGAUGCACUGCUUUUCAAUGCCAGGUCCUGGCGCUUCAAAUCCACAAGCAUCUGUCAGAUUUAGAAGCUUAAUACACCCACCAUGGCCCAGAAGAGAGAGGGACGUAGAUGAAUACAUAUUUUUAUAUACCUAUAAAUAUGAAUAUGUAAAUAUACAUAUAUAUGCAUAAACACAUACCAGCUCUUGCGGGGCUCUAGAAAGAAUGCCAGUGUUAUUGUAUUGUUAUUGUGUGUUCUAUAUGUUUCUAUAGCGAGUUUAUAGUUUGUUAACUCAGCCAGCCUGCCAUAAAAUUACAUUAUUUUUGUACUUGAGUUCGAGGAUGGACAGCAGUUAAAAGCUAAGUGCUCCUCCAUAUGUUAGUUACCACUUGUAGCAUGCGUUUGGGAUGCUAAAAGGGAUAGACGUAUACUUGGUCCGAGUCCUGGGGCCUGUGCUAAGAAGCUGGUUCAGGAGUAAACCAGGUUUAAGUUAUGAGGAAAAUCAUCUAAUAGAAGGCUCAUGAUUCAUCUCUUAACUUAACCUGCUUUACUCCUGAACCAGCUUCUUAGUAUAGGCCCCAGCUCAAAAAAAUCUGCUUCGCAGUAUUCUUCUGUAUAGCACUGUAUGGAUGCCUACUGUUGCCCUUCAGGAGAACAUUUUUUGGGAACAUUUGUAUUAUCUCUCAUGGGUUUUUGUUUUUUGAGCUUCUUUAUUUCUAUGGCUGUCUAUGCACCGGCACACCUAAUGUAUACUAAUCUUCCAGUUUUGUCCACUUGGGUUUUUGUCUUCGUUUUUUUUUCUCCUCCCCCUCCUUUUGCAUUUUCAGCUUCUUCUCUGCACUAAUUAAAAAGUGUAAUGCAACUGACACACCAACAACAACAAAAAUUAACUAUAUUAAUCUGUUUUUUAUUACACUUUAACCCCCUGAGUUGUCAGAUGCGCUCCAUUUGUGAAAACACGACCAAAAAAAGAAAAACUAAAGAAACUCACUGUUCUCCUCUCUGUGAGAUAUAUACAUUUCUUUAAGGAGUAGGAAGGGCAGUCUAUGACCUACCUUUUUUUUACCCUCCAAGCCCUAUUUUUGAAGGCGUGUUUUUAUAGGACUGUUUGAGAGAGGUGCUAGCUUUGUUUGCAUGGUUGUGUAUCCUGCUUUUUAUAAACUGUUGGAACGGUGUCAGCAGAGACACUGUGUCAAAAACGCACUGCCAAGAAAAUGCAAGUCACAAGUGCCUUUCCCACAAGACCUCAGAGUUGUAUAUUGUACUUUUAUUUUGUCACAAAAGUGCCUACAGAAGGUUCCCUCACCAGUCCCCAAGCUGUUUUUGAAAUGCA